AUGGCUCACUCUCACUCUCACGAUGCUGGAAUCGGCCAUUCCCACGAUGACCCUUUCAACGGCCACGGUCACUCCCACGAGAUCCUCGAUGGCCCUGGCUCAUACGCCAAUCGUGAAAUGCCACUAAUCGAAGGUCGUGACUGGAAUGAUCGUGCCUUCACGAUUGGAAUUGGAGGACCAGUCGGAUCAGGCAAGACAGCCCUAAUGCUGGCUCUGUGCAAUGCCCUACGAGACGAGUACAACAUCGCCGCUGUGACAAAUGAUAUUUUCACCAGAGAAGAUGCCGAGUUCCUAACCCGCCACAAAGCCCUCGCACCCUCACGCAUCAGAGCUAUCGAGACAGGCGGAUGCCCGCACGCCGCUGUCCGCGAAGACAUCAGCGCCAACCUACUAGCGUUACAAACGCUGCAAAAACAAUUCACGACAGAUUUACUGCUGAUCGAGUCUGGCGGUGAUAACCUGGCCGCCAACUACUCGCGCGAGCUGGCUGACUUCAUCAUCUACGUUAUCGACGUUGCGGGCGGUGACAAGGUGCCGAGGAAGGGUGGUCCGGGUAUCACUGGGUCGGAUCUGCUUGUUGUAAACAAGAUUGAUCUUGCUGAGGCUGUUGGUGCUGAUUUGAAGGUUAUGGAGCGGGAUGCGGCGAAGAUGCGUGAGGGGGGACCGACUAUCUUUGCGGUUGUUAAGCAUGGCAAGGGCAUGGAUCAUGUUGUCAAUUUGAUUAUUAGUGCUUGGAAGGGGAGUGGUGCUUAUGAGCUUAGUUUGAAGCGGUGGAAGGAGGGUGCGGUGAAAGGAUCCGGGAGUGUGGAUGAGUAG